CUUGACAAAGAAGCAGGUGCCCGUUUUUAAACGACGCUGCCAUCCCCCGAUUUCCUCGUUGACAUCCCGGCUAGAAUUGGUUCCAGGGAUCGUAAAAAGUCAUAAAAACUUAUGACAUGAAACAACAGAAGUUACCUAAUCCAUUUUGUUAAUCAAAUGGUUCAAGUGGCAAUCAGAAUAGAAGGUGUUGGUUGGUUAAAUUGGGUCAUGUGAUCAACACAAAGCCUUGGGUCUACCUCAUUAGAUAUGCAAUGACGUAGUGUAUAAUAUGAGAUUUGAUUGGCUGAAAUGUGCGGCUAAUGUGAAAUUUGACCAAUGAGAGAGCGUGAAAGAAGUCUGGAGCUGUAGUGUUAGCAGACGUAUAGCGUGGGUUCUAAUCAUAUAGCGUUAGCUCCCUAUACCUUACCAUUAUCAACAAUUUUCUUCCAUCUGUUUGAUAUCUAUCUAGAUAAAAAAAUCACCAUGCCUAAAAAAAGCGAUCCCUCUAAACCCCGAGGACGUAUGUCUUCAUACGCUUACUUCGUCCAGACUUGCCGAGAUGAACACAAGAAAAAACACCCCGGUGAGGCUGUCGUCUUUGUUGAAUUUACCAAGAAAUGUGCCGCUAAAUGGAAGGACAUGACCGCUAAAGAAAAGGAGAGGUUCGAAGAUUUGGCAUUAAAAGAUAAAUCUAGGUAUGAGAAAGAGAUGGCCAACUAUGCCCCAGCUGGCGGAGUUCCUGGAAGCAGGAAAAGGAAUAAGAAGGAUCCAAAAGCACCCAAGAGAGCUUUAUCUGCUUUCUUUUUCUUCUGUAAUGAGGAGAGACCUAAAGUGAAGGCUAUUUACCCUAACUAUACUAUUGGUGAGGUUGCUAAGGAACUCGGUAAAAGAUGGGAACAUUGUGGUGAGAAAAAACGAUUUGAAGAAAUGACAGAAAAAGACAAAGUUAGAUAUCAAAAGGAAAUGGCUGCCUACAAAUCUGGUGGAUCAAUGGCCAAGAAAAGCCGACCGGCAGAGAAACCUGUAGAGCCCGCAGCACAGGAGGAAGAUGAAGAUGACGAUGAUGAUGAUGAUGAUGACGAGGACGAUGAUGAAUAAAUUAACGACCACUUCAUUUAAUCAUGUGAUCAAAAUCUAUAAUCUCAUUGGCUUAACCAUCAUUCAUUCAUUCUGUUUUUCUUUGUUUCUUGUUUUCGUUGACAUUUUGUGAAUAGUUCAUAAUCCGUUAUAUUCUCGCUCUUGAAAUCAAGCACUCCCAUUGGACGAUAUUAUUAAGCAAAUGAUUGGUUGAAAUUCAAAAUCAAGCAGUCUUAUUGGACAAUAUUUCAAAGCAAAUUAUUGGUUGAAUUCUAAUUAUUUGUAAUCUUGUUUUUGAUUGGUUGUUAAUAUUGUUAACUCUAUUAUGAUUGGAGGAAAAUGUUAAUGAAUACUAUUUUAGUUUUAAUCCACAUCAUUUGUUGUGUUCACAGCCAAGUUCAACUUUUUUUUUGAAUAUUGUUUACGAAACUUCCAUCUGAGAUUUAAUCUUUAUCAAAUUUUUACUUCAACCAAAACUGCCAAAAUAUCACAUUCAUUUAGCUUAAUUGUAAUUUUUUAUUUGACGUUUUGGCAGAUUUGGUUGUAUCUCAAUUGUGUUUGAACAAUGUAAUUCAUGCAUUCAAUUAAUUCUGAAAUUUAGAAUUUUAACGUUUUUCUGUAGAUAUGUAAAUAAACUGAAUUUCAGAUUAAUUUUUAGAAUAAUCUGAUAUUAAAGUUAGUGCUAAUAAGCUAAAAGAUUGAAAGUUUGAAAUUUUGAGAAAAAAAAUUGUGGAAAGCAUUUUAAUGCUCACACAAUAAAUAAUGAAUUUAUAUCACUGCAUUUUGUGCUGAUUUUAUUUGCCUAAUUUUGUUUAAGUCGAAGGUUAUUUUUAAAUGUUGGGUUUAAAUUUUAACAAUUUUUAUUUUAUUUUAAAACAAUGGUUGUUUUUAAACUGGUGACAAAUUUUGUCAAAAUGAAGGUUAUUGUCAAACAGGGCAAAUAUUUUACAGAUUUUGUCUAAAAAGGGCAAAGAAAAAAUGCUUUUGAAGCAUUAAAGAAUACCUAAUAUGCAUAAAAAUGAAAAAAAAAAUUCUAAAAUAUAAUUGAAAGUGCUACAUAAGAUAUACAUUUAGUAGAAUAAGAAUAUUUAGUUCUGUCUUGUUGUACAAUAUUGUUAAUAUUCAAUAACAAGGCCUCUAUUCUAAUGGCAAUUCACAUAAUGUGUCACUCUCAAGAUUGAUUGCUGGAGAGUAUAACAGCAAUCGACAGCGCCUAUAAUUUAUCAGUUCAUGUGCUCUGAUUAACUAAAUUCAGACGACAAUCUCUGAAACUGUUAUAACUACAAGUAUGCUGAUGGAUAUUUGGAUAUUGUUAUUGGGUAGUUGGAGGUAUUUUACAUCAAGAUGGAACUAGACUAUACUGAUGUUAUGUUAGGUUUAUGUAUAAAUGUAGUUCAUGUAUUUUUUGUAUGUCUUAGAAACAUUAAAGGUCUUAAAAAGAUCA